AUGGAGGGUGGGGGAAACUCAAAUCAACAACAUAAAAAUACCACGAGAGUAUCUGCAUCUGCAUACGGGACAAUUAACCAGGAGGCAGCUGACAGAGCCGGUGCAGCCGCAAACCUCCCCACAACAAAUGCCGGUGAUCAGAAUCUGGCGUCACCACAAAGCUGGAGGCGCGAUGCAUAUCAGUAUAUGCCGAUAGUCAACAUCGUCCGAAUUUUACGUAGGGCACUCCCCCAUGCAAAAAUCGCUGAUGAUGCAAAUGAGAUUAUUCAAGAGUGCAUCUCAGAGUUCAUUGCCAUUGUAACUAGUGAGGCGAACGAGAAGGCUCGCAGCCAGUAUAGAACAAUCAUCACUCUAGAAGAUGUAAUCGCCGCCAUAGGCUCACUGGGAUUGGAUGACUACGUGGAGCCACUGACAGUUUUCCUCAACAAAUAUCGGGCCGCGGAUCCCGAGCGCGGCACCUCGAUGCAGGUUCAACUGGCGAUGGCCAUGUGCAGCACCGGCCAGCAACCAUCGACUACUCCAGUGGCUCAACUAGUUCCACCACCACCUCCAACGCCGUCAGUGAUAACGGGUGAUGGGCCGAUGAUAGUUGAUGACAACGAAGAAGUGGACCCUGAUGAGUAUAUUGGGUUCACCGAAGUUAUUAGGAAGUACUUUUGA